AUGGGAGAUUAUUCAAAAGCACUUUCCUACUAUGAACAGACACUUCAAAUUAGGGAGAAAAUUCUUCCAUCUAAUCAUCCAUCACAUGCUGAAACGUAUAAUAAUAUUGGUUCAGUAUAUCAAGAUAUGGGAGAUUAUUCCAAAGCGCUCUCAUUCUAUGAAAAAACACUUCAAAUUAGGGAGAAAACUCUUCCACCUAAUCAUCCAGAUAUAGCUAUUACAUAUAACAAAAUUGGCUUAAUAUAUAAUAGUAUGGAAGAGUAUUCAAAAGCGCUUUCUUAUUAUGAAAAGACACUUAAAAUUCAGCAAAAAUCUCUACCUUCAAUUCAUCCAGCAUUGGCUGAUACAUAUAACAAUAUAGGACGAGUGCAUAGUUCAAUGAAUGAUUACUUGAAUACUAUCUCAUAUUAUAAAAAGGCACUUAAAAUUCAGCAAGCAGUUCUUCCAUUUAAUCAUCCAUCAUUAGCAACUACUUACAAUAAUAUUGGCCGAGCACAUGCUGCUAGAGAACAGUACUCAUUUGCACUCCAAUAUUACCAAGAUGCUCUUAAAAUUCAAGAGAACGCUCUUCCUUCAAAUCAUCCUUCAUUGGCUGAGACAUAUAACAAUGUUGGAGAAAUGUAUCGACUAACAGGAGAUUGCUUAGCUGCACAACAAUAUUAUGAUAAAACGCUUAAAAUUCAAGAAGAAGUACUUCCCCCAAAUCAUCCAUCCCUAGCUACGACAUACAGUAAUAUAGGUCAAGUAUAUUACUCUAUGAAGAAAUAUGAAAGAGCACUGUCAUACGUGGAGAAAACACUUAAAAUACAAUCAAAAUCAUUUCCAUCGAAUCAUCCAUCAAUCGCUAUGAGUUAUUACAGCAUGGCAACAAUACUGGAAGAACUUCAUCGAUAUAAAGAGGCUGUUACACAUAUGUCACAAGCAGUUAAUAUUAUUUCUCAUAGCAUGGAGCCUAAUUAUUUGCAAGCAGAAAAAUAUCAACAAUAUCUCAAUGAACUCUUGGCUAUAAGCAGUGAUGAAAAACUGCAUAAGAAAACACUUAGAGAACAGUAA